UAAGAAAACACUAAAUUUAAAAUGUUAACUCAUGGUCACACUGCACGGUCUCCACGGUCUCUUUCCUUUUGCGCCAGUAGUUCUUAAUAUUCCUUCUAUCAUGUCCAGCGGAGAGAGUGGUGUCGUUCGCGGCAGCGGCGAUUCGGUCAAGCAAGCCAUCAUCGAAGAGCUGCAAAAUUUGCUCAGCUCCGACACGGUUGUGCUGCAACAGGCGGAAAAGCGAAACAAGCAGCUGCAAUAUACUGAAGGGUAUGGCGUUUAUUUGGCAGAAAUAAUUAUGAAUCAAUCUCAUGAGCUGCCGCUGCGUCAAAUUGCACUGGACAGAUCUCGAUGAGCCCGAGAAGGCAAGUGGCGGUGUAGCCAGUGAGCAAGCAAAACGCACAAUUCGCAACAUACUACCCAAUGGGCUCUACGAUCCCAAUUCGAAAAUACGCUCUUCUGUGGCCCAUACAAUAUCAACAAUAGCUGCCACCGAUUAUCCACUGCUAGGCAGAACUCUUUGAUAUAAUUGUAAAGUGUCUGAGCGGUAAUGAAGAUUCGAUUCAUGAAGAAAUGCAAGUGUUACGCGAUUUCAUAUACGAUGUGGCAGAAAUCAAGGAACUGGGACCAGUUGUCAUACCGGAGGUGUAUCGCAUAUUCGACUCUGAGCAGAAUUAUUCAAUCAAGACGCGCGUUUCAGCUAUACGCACAUUGAAACAGCUUUUUAUGUCCAUUUUAACCUUGAUUACUGACAAACAGGAGCAGAGUUCCAUGAUGAAUUCCAUACUCACUAAUUUCAUGGAUAAGUUGUUGCAUUAUCUAAGCAUGAAUUGCGCGCUGGAUCGAGCAAGGGAAUAAACAAAAAAUAAAUCAAAACUAUUAAUAAAUGAAAAACUAUUAAUAAACACAAACUCAAAAGACGAAGACGAGCAACAGCACAACAAGCACAGGAGCGAAAACAAAUUUAUUUAGUGCAAAACUGACCCUGAAAAUGUUAAGACGGUGUUAGAAUUUUUACGAUUGUAAGCACAUCUGCAAUUUUCUGCAAAAAAAAUUUAGACAUUUAUUACCUUUAGAGCCAGGCAAACACAUUGGUAUACAACUUAACUGUGGCGUUCUGUGGCGUCACUACUAAAACUUUAGCUAAACAUAAAAAAUACGUUCA